CAGCAACUUCGCAACGCUGAUGACUGGACCUGCGUGUAGCUGCUGCAGUGACAACAAGCGUGUGCAAAGGCGAACAUGUGUCCAUCACGGCUGCCCAGUGGGCCGUGGCGCGUGCGUGGUGUGGGCGGUGCAAACGUCGUGCUGAGGUAUGCUGGAGCUGAACCCGAGCUCGCUGCUCUUCGGCUGUGCGCCCUGCGAUUGCGGCGUCUGGAGAAGGAAGGAGAUCAGACACAAUGUUUGGAUGAACGCCAUGUGCAGCAAAGGUUCCAUGAAACACUCUCCCGCCUCGUUCCCUCGCCCUGGGCGUGUCCACAGGUGCAUUUGGAUCUGCCCCAGACCUUUUUGGAUGGGCUGCAGCUGUUGGAGCAGGAUGUACCUGUAGGCCAAGGCUUUGUUAAUGUUGAUACGCGAGCGCUGUGCGGUGCGGGCGCAAUUUUGAUGCCAGAUAUGGGGUCGUGUCCCGCGUGCGCGUUUCGGCUCUGGGAAUCUGGGACUGACGUUCUUGGCAAAGGCGGGCAGGCGGCGCUCGAUUGGCUGCUGGCAACGCGUGUUCCUGCGUGUCACCACGCAUACUUUGCCAUUGAGCUGAAGCCGAAGAGCUGCGACGACGUGUUUCGACUUCCACCUCGCGUCGACACCACGUGCCACGCCCGGAGCGAGCAGCGCUGGUGCCGCUUCUGUUGUCACCAGCACCUCAAGCUUGCCAACGGCAAAUGGACCUCUGUCUCCAAAUACUGCCCAAUCCGCCUGUUCAGCAACGCACGCAGUGUGCGUGUGUGUGUGGGGGGGGGGGAACGUGAGUGAGUGAGUGAAUGUGUGAGUGACUGUGUGUGUUCGUGAGAGAGCGAGAGAGAGAGAGAGUGUGUGUGUGUGUACGUGAGUGUGUGUAGCUUCAAAACGUUCGUUGUGUUUCUGACCAUAUUACGCUUGACAACCCUGUGCGUUUGCGUUCAUGUCCUGAACAGGAUGCACAGUUACAGCGUGAAGCCAUCCUACAACUGCUGCAGACACCCCAGAACAACCUCCGUCUCCUCACUGCACACGCCACCGCCUCCACGCCUGUUCUGCACCGCGCCGUGUCAGCAUCGUCGCCACCACAACAACAACAGGAUGGUGAUGAUGAUGAUGAUGGUGAUGAUGAUGAUUGUGGUGGUGUUGAUGAUGAUGGUGGUGGUGAUGGUGGCGGUCGUGGUGGUCGUGGUGCGAUGACCGAAGCAGCUUCCGUCCACUGCCUCGCCGCCGGGCUGGCACCGCUCUUACAAGAGGUGCUGUCGACCUCUGGUGUGCUGUCGUGGCUCAGGACCCAACACGGGGCACACCAUGCGCAGCCAGCGGUGACACGUUCUUUGGCGUCCUCCAAAUCACCUCCCCGUCUUCGCCCAUCAUCAACAUCAACACCAACAUCAACAUCGUCAACAACAUCAGCAUCAACAUCGUCGUUGUCUUGGUGCCCUGUGGACCGGUCGUUUGCUGCUGUUGCUGCUGCGGAUGCGGCGCGAACGGCGACACGUGGUGUCAUCACUCAAGACGAUGUCAACACAUGGCGGGAACACACGCUCGCGAGCAGUAGUGGUGGUGGUGGUGACGGUGAUCGUGGAAGAGAAGGAAUGAAGAAGGAGGAGGAGGAAGGGGCGAAAGCGAGUGUUGACGGCGGUAAGCGUGCACAUGAACUAUCCGAUGAUGAUGGGGAGCAGGUGACCAAGGUCGCGAAACAACAGCAACAUGAUGAUGAUGGUGAUGGUGAGGAAGCGAUGGUGUCACCAGCGUGGUUGAUGCUCGAUCACUUGAGAGCUGCAGCGUUUAAGGACUGCAGCGUGUUGGUUUCCUUCUGCUCGCCUCUCGAGCCGACACACGACACCGAAAGCCGUGCAUGUGCACGUGCGGGGGCGAUGGCCGGGUCGUAUCGCGUUGCAGACGGCGCCGUGUUGGCGAAACUUGUCAUCGUCGACCUCGACUUCAAGGGGACACACAAGAUUGCGGCGCACAAGCAGCUGUUUGAUGCUUUAACAAACCUACAAGCACCAGCAACAGCGCACACAUAGAGGCAGACAAAAAACAGGCACACACGCAGACAGACUGACAGACAGACAGACAGACAGACAGACAGACAGACAGAUAGAC